GGAGACGACCUGCGAAAGAGAGGGCUUUUAUACUACUGGUGGGUGUUGUUGAUCCUAGCGGCAGAGAAGAACAGUGGUGGAACUAGAAGACGAAGAAGAAGAAGAAAGAAAGGUACACCAUGGCCAGAUCUACGACCAAGGACGCUCAAGCUCUUUUUCAAUCUCUCCGUUCUGCUUAUGCAGCCACACCCACUAACCUCAAGGUCAUAGAUCUCUACGUGGUUUUUGCUAUCAUGACAGCUUUCAUUCAGGUAGCUUACAUGGCUAUUGUUGGAUCCUUCCCAUUCAAUUCCUUUCUUUCAGGAGUGCUUUCUUGUAUUGGGACUGCAGUCCUUGCUGUUUGUCUUCGCAUUCAAGUGAAUAAGGAGAACAAGGAAUUCAAGGAUUUACCAGCAGAGAGAGCUUUUGCAGAUUUUGUUCUCUGCAACUUGGUGCUUCAUUUGGUUAUAAUGAACUUCCUUGGAUAAAUUAGCAUCUUUACCUACUGUAGACAAUGAAAAUGAGACAACUACUGGUUACUCUUUUUGAAGCUUGUACUGUAUGCAACAUGAGAAUGAAGUUAAUGUGGGUCAGAAAUUUUGGAUUGAUAUAAUUAUUAAUUUAAGCUACGUAGGGCUGUUUU